CAGUUCGUGCAAUGACGAUGGCGAACCCAGACCGAAGGUGCUCCGACAUCAAUGGCGGCUUUGCGCGGGAGGGUUUAAAAAGAUGGCGGACGAAACAUUUUCACGUUUUCAGCAAGCAGUCGAAGUUCAAAGGACGAAGAAGGAAGAUAAACUGUCUUGUUCAACUUCUACACUCACAGAAAACAUGAGGGAGCAACCGAAAGCAACAAAACUUGUGUAUUCACCAAGAAGACACACGAAAGCCGUCGGAAAAUCGGACGAAAAUGGCAAAUCAUCUAAAUCAAAGUCGCUCGUAAAAGACACAAAGACGAAAUCAGAUGAUUCUUCCUCGUCGAGUCUGUCUUUAUUUGAGGGUCGUGAAAAGCGAACGUCUCUAAAAGUCCUUCAGCCCUCUGCCGACGGUCAGAAAUUACUUGUUGGAGGAACAAGCGGUCGGAAAACAAAACGGGACACGCAGAAACCAAAGAAAAGAACACAACAAAGAAAUGCUUUAUCAUCCACACAAAAACAACUCAAACACUAUCUUUCUAAACAAUCUGAAGAGGAUGAAACAAAAUCAAGUUCAUCUGAGGUUGAAAAUGCUAUCACUUCGGUUGCUGUAAGGCCUGAUGUCGCCUCAUCCUCUGACGAAGUUCUUUCCUUGAUGGUGCUAGACCAGGCACCAGAAAAGUAUUGGGAAUUAUUGGCAGAGGAACGUCGCAAAGCUCUUGAGGAGACUUUGGAAGAGAACAUGAAGUUGUAUGAAAUAAUUGAAAAUCUGAAGGCUGAGAACUCUGCGUUGAAAGAAAAAGCCAGCAAUACAGAUUACUUUGCAACCAUGUACAAAAUAACAAAGAAUGAUCUCCCGCCCACCGAAGAUCCAACGAACGAUUGUUGACCCUGGUUUUUGCCUGUAUCAUUAACAACCACUUCAGAAGCUGGUGGAAGGUUCUGCAGUAAAAUAUCAGUGAUCUUUUUGGAAAAAGCACUCAAUGAGGUUACGAAACAAGCUCAAUUCUCAGAAAAGGUAAAGUGGUCUUAUAUUUUCUUAGAAACAGAUCUAUGGUACACAUUUCUCCAACUGAAAAUUGAAAAAAAGUUACACAAUGGCCGGCAUACGUUUGCAAAGUUGGCAAACAUUUGGCUUGUUUUUCAAAGGUGUAACUGAGAAUUGCAAUAAAAUACUCGGGGACUGGCGAUUCAGAAACGCCUUGAACCGGUUGUUCGAAAGGCGUUUAGCCUUAAAAGGCGGAUAAGUUCAAAAUGGAAAACAAAAUUAUCUAUUUA